CCAAACUUAUUCCUAAUUCCUAAUAGAAAUAUACAACUGUCCCUCUCCCCAUCGUUCAAGAAAUUUCCACCGUCCUCUCCAAUUCUCCUCUCUUUCUCCCCCCCACCUUUAUAUAGAGCUCCCGUCUUCACUUCUCCCUCAUCACAAUUUCGACCAACAACGAUCUCUCUCUCAUAUUCAACAUCAAGUUCAACAGCAGUUGUUUUUUUAUUUUUGGCAUACUCGAUCGCAUUAAAGCAAUCAUCAUGUUGAUGUCAAUGUUCAGUUCCUUCGAUGCCCUCAGCGCCGAGUCCUUCGGCCAGAAGGUUGGUUUCUCAUGGACUCCGACCUCGAAAGAGGGGAAAGUCGUCGACGCUUCUAAGGGCGCUCCGUCCACGUUAAGUAACGAAAGCGCGAAGAAGGGGAAAGUUGGGAAUUCGGCGGAUGGUAAUAGCACUGGGACGUGUGACGGACGGAAACAGAAGAAGCCGCAGUUGAGGAGGCCGAGGUUCGCGCCGGAGUUGGACGGCGUGUUCUGUUUUGAAACCAUAGUCCCGUAUUAAGGGCUUGGUGUUAUCGAUUUUGUGUUAAGUCAUAUGAUUUUUUCAAUUCAAUUGUACUAAUGGUUACGAAUAUCAUUGAAAAAUUGUGUUGCUCAAUCAA